AUGAAUUGCAUUAUCUGUAAAGAAAUUAUUGGCGAUGGAGAAAGAAUGUGUUUGUGUUGGUUAUGUGAUGGAUUAGCCCAUAUGAAAUGUGCUGGUCUUAAUGUCAAAAUAAUUGAAGGUCUUCUUAAAAUUGGUAAUGGUUUACGCUGGUUCUGUAAGAACUGCAACUGCAAAAAAACCACUGAUUUGUUUCAAGUCCUUAAAAAAUCUAAAAAAACAUUUAAUGACAUUACAAAUGAUUUGAAAAAAAUACAAAAAAAGUUGUCUGAUUAUGAAUUGCUCUUCAACGACAUGAAUUUCGAAGACAAGGACUUAUCGCCAAAACGUAAGAAGACAGAAAAUAACGUUAUCUGCGUUCCAACAGGGUCGAGACUAUCUCUCGUAGCUCCUUUGCAGAUAACUUACUCAACACCAAUAAUUGAAGAAAUCCCUAAUUCUCCUACCGUGUCGCAAAAAAGAUCUUCUUUGGGUGAUAAAACUGCUAGCUCGCAAACCGUCGGCCCAAUAGCUUCCGAAAUGGAUGAGGGUGUUUCGGACGGGUUAGUUGUUGUACCACCUGAGAAGUUUAUCUUUAUAUCACGUCUUCACCCAAAUACUACUUGUGAAAUGGUUGUUAACUAUGUAAAAAAGAAACUUUCUGUGCCUGAUUUGUCUUUGAAGUGUUACAAAAUGCAGUUUUCGUAUGAACGUCGUAUUUCAUCGUUUAAAUUAUUUGCUCCUGAUCCUACUAUUAACCUUAUGUUGUCUCCUGAUUUCUGGCCAAAAUUUACAAUUGCUCAUGAAUUCAAGAACAACCCUUGA